AUGGGAGUGACUGGCAAUAAAGUGAUNCAGAAUAUCGAUAAGUUGAACACUCGAACAAACCACUACACACCAUUGCCACAAAGCUGUUCACCACUCCAACGCAGUAUCAAGGAUUACAUAUCGUGUGGUUUCUUUAAUUUGGAUAAGCCAGCAAAUCCGUCCAGUCAUGAAGUUGUUGCGUGGGUGAAACGUAUUCUCAGAGUUCAGAAGACAGGACAUAGCGGCACUCUCGAUCCUAAGGUAUCNGGAUGCUUGAUUGUAUUAAUCGAUCGUGCAACGCGAUUGGCGAAGUCACAGCAGAGCGCUGGCAAAGAGUACGUAUGCAUCUUCAAAUUGCAUAAUAAAAUUGACUCAACCAAAAAGAUCAAGCAGACUCUGGAGAAGUUGACUGGUGCAUUGUUUCAACGACCUCCUCUCAUAUCAGCCGUCAAACGUCAACUCCGUAUUCGUACUGUCUACGAAAAUAAACUCAUCGAAUACUCACCAGAACGGAAUAUGGGCAUCAUUUGGACAAAAUGUGAGGCAGGCACGUACAUAAGAACGCUGUGUGUUCAUCUUGGUAUAUUACUGGGCACUGGUGGGCAAAUGCAAGAACUU